GAUUAUUUGGUCAUUUCUUCACUCGAGUUGAAAAGUGAAAACCCUUCUCUCUUCAACUUGACAAUUUUAACACUCUUCUUCGGCAGUGCCGAAUUCAACCCUUGCUCUCAACUUAUUCAUGCAUUCAAGUUCUGAAUUCAACUGAUUCAGUUUUACUUUGGGAAGAAAACCAUCAAAGCUUAGCCGCCUAAAAAUGACAGACAUGGAGUCAGAUAGAAUUAGUUGCUUACCGGAUCAUAUAAUAGAUCAGAUCCUCUCACACUUGCCAAUUAAAGAAGCAGGGAGAACAAGUGUUUUAUCCCACAUAUGGAGAAACAAAUGGUCCACACAACCAGAUCUUGUGUUUGAUAGACAAUGUGUACCUGCUGCAACUUCCAAAGACCCUUCGGUUAGCAAGAUUAAAUUUUUGAGAAUUAUUGACGAUGUACUUUUACUUCAUUCUGGGCCAAUCAACAAGGUCAAAAUCUCCGCCGGUUAUGAUCUCAUUGAUAUGAACUCUGUGGCUGAUAUUGAUCGGUGGAUUCUUCAUCUAACCAAAAGGUCUUUCAAAAAGCUUGUCCUGGACUUUUGGUUAGAUGAACCCUAUAAGAUACCUUGCUAUUUGUUCUCUUGUCAAAGUUUACAUCGUUUAGAACUAUAUUGGUGUUCGCUUAAACCUCCAACGACGUUUGAAGGCUUUAGGAACUUGAAAAGUCUUCAUCUAGAACAGGUAACAAUGACUCAAGAUGCUUUUGAAAAAUUGAUAUCUGGCUCCCCUCUGCUUGAAAAAUUGAAGGUGGCAUAUCUUUAUGGCUUCACCCAAAUUAAUAUCCAUGCACCAAAUAUCAAGUGUGUUCAAAUCAUUGGAAAAUUUGAGGGUAUUAGCUUUGACAACACUCCUCAAUUGGCUAAGGUACUUGUUGAACAAACUAGUCAAAGUAGAUUGCAUGGAUGCUCUAGCAAUUUGGUCAAUUUUUUUGAUCAUCUACCCAACAUUCAGGUCCUACUAAUACAUUCAUAUUUUAUAAAGUAUUUGUUUGCAGAUGUUGUGCCAGUAAAGCUUCCUACACCCUGUAUCAAUCUAACAACUCUUCAAAUAAGCAUAAACUUCAACAACUUGAAGGAAAUUUCGGCCGUUCUUUGCUUGCUCAAUAGCUCGCCUAAUCUUCAAAGAUUCGGAAUCUAUGCACGACUCGAAGAGCACGCUGACCAUUUAUCGCCUGUCUCCUAUUGUUGGGAAGAUAUCUUUUCGGAGCCGGUCAUGCCCUUUAAAUUGCAACGUGUAAAGAUAGAAGACAUAUCCGGUACCAAAUGUGAAUUAGAUUUUAUCAGAUUUAUCCUUCUCUAUUCACCCGUGCUCGAAAAAAUGACUGUGAAACCUGUUUUAAACGUUACAUCGAAGUUGAUGACAGAACUUAUCCGAUUCCGGAGAGUGUCGGGACAAGUUGAAGUUAUUUACCAUGUGAAAGACUCUUCAUAAUUUUUUUAUGAUGAUUUUUAUGGUGGUUAUGGCUAAAGUUAAACUUAAUGAUGUGGCAAAUUAUGAAAGGGUGUCUUGUAUUUGGACCUUUGAAUUGAAGUAUAUGAAUGUAUGAAAGGGUGUUAUUGAUUCGUCUUCUUAUC